GGCCGCUUCUGCCACAUCACCCACGAUCUGCUAACAUGGCCAACCAGCUGACCGAGGAGCAAAUCGCUGAGUUCAAGGAGGCCUUCUCUCUGUUUGACAAGGAUGGCGAUGGCUGCAUCACCACCCAGGAACUGGGCACCGUCAUGCGGUCCCUGGGUCAGAACCCCACAGAGGCUGAGCUCCAGGGCAUGGUCAAUGAAAUUGACAAGGAUGGAAACGGUACUGUGGACUUCCCUGAGUUCCUGAGCAUGAUGUCCAGGAAGAUGAAAGACACUGACAGCGAAGAGGAGAUCCGGGAGGCCUUCCGAGUGUUCGACAAGGACGGCAACGGCUACGUGAGCGCAGCCGAGCUGAGGCACGUGAUGACCAGGCUGGGGGAGAAGCUGAGUGAUGAGGAGGUGGAGGAAAUGAUACGGGCAGCAGAUACAGACGGUGAUGGGCAAGUGAACUACGAGGAGUUUGUGCACAUGCUAGUGUCCAAGUGAGACUGCACCAGAGACUGCUGUAGCUAGGUGCCCAUCGGGCUCCUGGGAGGCAAUUUUGUCUGGACAAUGGCUACCCUCACUGUGGUGAGAACAUUACCCAGAAUUUAGU